AGAACAAGUCAAUUCCUUGGUUUUCUUAAAUAAUUAAAACUUGUGAAUAUUAAAGAGUUUUCAAUUAAGGAACAAGUAGCCCUGACAAAACUUAAAAAUUCAAGCAGUAGUUCUCAAGCUUGGCAUACAUUAGAAUCACCAGGGGAGCUUUAAAAAAGUCUGUAUGUCCCAGACCAAUUAAAUCAUAAUUUCUGGGGGUGGACCCAGGCAUCAGUAUUAUUUAAAAGUCCCCAGGCUAUUCCAAGUUUGAGAACCACUAAUUUAGAGCAUGCUUUACACACAAAUGUUUCUCACCCCUGACUGUGCAUCAGAAUCACCCGAGAAGCUUUAAAAACAAUGACCGUCCUCUCCAACAAGUCAAAGAUAUUGGGGGGAAAAAAGUGAAGAGAGAGGCCCACUAGAUUAUCUAGAAUAGAAGCAGUUUAAGAGAGAGAAUAAAUUGGGGCUUGUUUGAAUCCUGAUUUGCACAAACUAGCAAAAAGACUGAGGACUUGGUGGAAAUCUAAAUACGGACUUGCUAUUAGAUGAUAUUAAGGAAAUAUUGCUAAUUUUGUUAGAUGUGAAAAUGGUUAUAUAAGAAAACGACCGAACCGUUGCCGUUGAGUCGAUUCCGAUUCAUAGUGACCCUAUAGGACAGAGUAGAACUGCCCCAUAGGGUUUCCAAGGAACCACUGCACCACCAAGGCUCUGGUUAUGUAAGAAAUGCCUUUAUUUUGAGAGAUGUCCAUUGAAGUUUUUAGGGGUGAAAUGACAUGACAUCUGGCAUUUCCUCUGACAUUUAAAAAGAUGAAGCAAAUAUGGCAAAAUGUUAAUAAGUGUUAAAUUUAGAUCAUGGAAAUAUAAGGGUUCAAUAUUUUUGCUUUUACUCAUUUGGAAAUUUUUAUAAUAAAAUGUUUUUAAACCUCCUGAUGCAAGGGCCCCUCAGACCCAGGCUCUGAUAGUUUUUAAUAACUCCCAUAUAAUUCUUAUAUAUUAGCCAGAGUUGGGAACAAUGAGGUUACACUAUGAAGGUACACAUUUGGCUCUAAUUAAGCAAGCACUGCAGACACAAAUCAUCUCUCAACCGAACUAGUCCAAUACCAGUGAAAAGCUACACCUAUAUUUUGGAGGUGAGGGGUGGGGGAAGGAGAGAUUCCAGUAAAAACUAAAAAAGACUUAGGUUAAAAGUAUGUUUUCUUUAAAUGUAAUAAUUAUAAUUUUUUACUUUAAUAUAUAAAUUCUCCCAUUUAGCUUUGUUAGUUGUUUGAACUACAGUUGGAGGAGAAAAUGGAAAUAAUCUUAUGUGUAAGAUGAUAGUUUAGAUACAUUUUUGUGACUGAGUAGAAAGGCCUAAAAAGUAUGCUCAAAUCUGGCACUAUGUGAUCAGGGAACAAUUAAAGAAUAACUCAAAAUACACAAGUUUGAAAAAGUUUGGCUCUACCAUGAAAAUGAAUUGUAUUCAUGAAUAGGUCUUUGAAGCAACAAUCCUGAAACAGUUCUAGAACUGAAUGGAAGGAAUCAUUAAUCACAAAGAGUCUGAAACUGGCCAGUUCCAUUUUGGCAGUAUCCGCUGACUCUUUAAGUCCUCACUGUUAAGUUUUUCUCAUGGGAAACAUAACCAGGAAAGGAGCCAGAGGUCUGGUAGCUGACAGAGCCGACUCGGCGGAAGAAGUCCCAGCCGCAGCACUUCACAUGAAACUCUAUGAAGCCAUCUUGAGAGAAGACUGCACUACGAUUGAGAUGCUCCUAAGAAAUCACCCCGUCAACCAGCCCAUAACCAUUCUGGCCAACUCUACCAGCUACACACUACUUCUGAACCAGCAGACACAGUCUAUCAUCCCCAUUCAUCUGGCAGCUGAGUACCGCAAAGCCCAAAGUUUGCUCUGUUUGUUACAGCACGGUGCUGACCCAGAACUAAGGGAUACAAGAGGACUCACCACCCUUCACCUGAUGCUGCUGCACUGGCCAAUCAUGUCUACCACAUGGACAAAGCCGGGUAACAAAAUCCAGAGAAUCCUGACCGACAUUCAGAACGAUGCUGUCGUGUGUCUCCGCAUCUUGUGUGAACAUGGCGCACAAGUGAAUGCUCGAGUAGAUAACAGCAACAGACACUCACCCCUGCACCUGGCCAUAACAUACGGGACGUACCCAGUUCUCUCCAUUUUGGCCCAAAACGGUGCCCAUGUUAAUGCUAUUAAUGAAUCCAGCAUGACCCCCCUUCACAUGGCUGCAGACAUCCUGAACAAGGAGAUGAUGGAAACGCUCAUGGCCUGUGGUGCGAACGUGAACUGUGUAGUCUCAUCUACGGGAAACACUGCCCUCAAGCUGGCGGUGUGCACUGCAUCCAGCAAGGCAGGCCGACUGCUGGCGGCAGGCGUCAGCUGCAUCCGUUUGCUCUUAAUUCAUGGAGCCAAAGUCAAUGCCCAGGACCAUGAAGGUCAGACAGCUAUGCAUGAGGCGUGUUUUGGAGGCAGAGAGGCAAUAAUCAAUCUCUUGCUUGAAUUUGAAGCAAAUGUUAACAUUUUAACGAGAAACGGGGAAUCUCCGAUUUACAUGUACCUUCAGCGCAGCUCUAAUAUCAGAGACACAGCCCUUCUCACCAGGCUACUUUAUCGCUCCUAUCCUUUGAGACUGACCAACAACCAUGGAAUUCUACCUGCAGGACUCAUGCUACCAGAAUUCCAGCUCUUAAGGGAGACCUUAAUAAAGUUAUCUCAAAAACCCUUAUCCCUACAGGACAUCUGUAAAAGAAACAUCAGGAAUAUUUACGGCGAGAAAUACAAACAAAACUUGAAACAACUUCUCCCAGUAAAGAUAUGGAACUCUGUAUACGGUUACUAUGACUUAGCUUACCUCUUGAAAUAAGACUUCAAAGUUUCACGGUGCCAUAGAAUUUGAGUCAGUCACAUUCUCUAGGCUCUAGGCUACACAUGUACUCAGAAAAUACUUAGCCCAUCACCUUGUGUACCCCAAAUGUACAAACUAAUGAUUCUUAAACCUUGCAAAAAAUAAAGUGAUUUGAAUACUGACUUUUUGUUCCUAAAUUUUCUGUUAAAUGCAUUUUCUAUGAUUUAAUUUUUGCCUGGAAAGAAAUAAGCAAAUUAAUUUAAAACUCUGCCACCAAAGAAGUAAAUAUACUCCCUCUCUUCCUUGACAGUCUUUUGUGGAUAAAAAUUGGAAUCGUCGUUAUAAAUGUUAAAAAAAAAACAUGGCAAAAAAUACAAUAGUGACUUUUAAAAGAUUUUAACAAGCCUAUUUCUGUUUUGGUUUUUAACUCCCCAUGCUGAAUUUCCUUAACGAUGGAUAAUUACAGAAACAUUUUAUUUGUAAGGCUGCAAUAACAUGUGAGCCUCCAAAGCAUUUUUGUUAGCAUUAAGUACACUUAGCAUCAUCAAUUAUUACCCAGAGUACUCUUACUACCCGAAAAACAGUAUAAUAUUCCAUAGAGAAUUUUCAAAUACCCAAAGAUCACUGCUUUUAAGUUUAAGGUUUUCAUGUUUUGAACCGUUGGGACAGUGACGAUUUCUAUAAAAGGAACGACAGCCUCCUAAGUAAAUGAACUAGGAGGUGGAGUCUCCUUUAAUUCAAUGAACCAACAUCAUGUCAUCCCUGAGAAGAAGCUACCAUUACCUUCAAUGAUUUAUCUCCCCCA